UACAAAGUUCCCAGCCGGCCGCCCUUAUCCCUGCCAGCCUACCUCACCGCACCCUCCUUCCGUCUCGACUCUUAACAGAACAUUACAUUGCAGCGUACUAGACUUUAUCUCUAUCACUGUACAUUUGCUUGCGACCGAAACAAACAGCGGCGACAUCGGUGCGAAGGAACGGACAAACAAUCAGCCAGCGACUAGCAUCGCUUCAUCCGUCACCUCACCCCCACGACCCGCCUUCUCUCUCCCUUCCCCCCGGCCGACACACACCUACCAUGACCACCACGCCCCCAGCUCUCCCUCACAGCCUAUCAUGGGAGCAGCCUGCGCCGCAGCAGCGCUACACCCCCGUCCCCGGCUUUGAGCGCCCGCCCAGCAUGGCCAGCCUGAGCCAGAUGGCGUCGGGUGGGCCGUCGACCCCGUUGGCCGAGGAACGCCCGCUUGUGAAUGACCAUGCCGCUAACCAGCCCCUUUCCGAAACAGACCACUACGACCCAGAGUCGCUCCCCCCUCCGCACCGUGCGUCCAUCUACUCCGAUCCCUUCAAGCACACGGAUCGACCCCCUUCGCAAACCGCUCAGUCCGACACGGCUUCGCAAAUGUCUGGAUACUCCAACAGAAAUCCCAACCGCUCUCAAUACGCAAACAUGGACAGCCCUAACGGUGGUGCCAUCCCAUACGGCGCUGGCGCGGGAGCAGGUGGCGGUGGCUACGCGCAGUACCGCGGCGAGCAGACCCCUUACACCUCUUCAGCGCACGACAACAUCCCUGCCGACCAGUUGUGGGCCAUGGAGGCCGGCAAGGAGCGCAUUCAAAACUACAACCACAACCCCGACGAUGCUGAGCGCAAGGCAAGGACCAAGAAGCUCAUGUGGUUCCUCGCCAUCGUCGGCGUCCUCGCCGUGGCCGGUAUUGUCGCCGGUGUCGUCGUCUCGGUCACGAGCAAGAAGCACAACGGCUCGUCCGACAGCAGCUCGAGCAACUCGAACGGCGGCGACGGUAGUGGCAACGGUACCUCUGGACCAUCAGUCGUCCUCCAGGACCCCAACGACCCUUCAAACUUCCAGAAGGACAGCCGUCUCCACAACGUCUUCUGGGGCAUGGCCUACGACCCCGAUGGAGCCAUUCUGCCCAACUGUGGCGCCCUCCAGGCCAACGUCACUCGUGACAUUCAGAUUCUGUCGCAGCUUACCACCCGUCUUCGUCUCUACGGAGCCAACUGCAACGUUACUGCUCUUGUUCUCCAGGCUAUCAAGGACACCAAGGUUAACAUGACCAUUUACCCUGCCAUUUAUGUCGACUCCAACACUCAGGCCUUCAACGACCAGCUCAAGGCUGUCACGAGCGCAAUCAGCACCUACGGCGAGGACUACAUUGAGGGUCUUGCCGUCGGUAACGAGUUCAUCCUCAACGAAGUCGGCUCGGUCAACACUGGCGGCGCCUACACCACUGCCAUUACGUCUCUCAAGACCAAGAUCAACACUGUCAACCAGACCAUCACCGCCAUGAACCUCAAGAAGCACAUCCCCAUUGGCACAGGAGACGCCGGCAGUGUCAUGUCGGUUGCCCUCGCCAACGACAUCGAGUUCUUCAUGGCCAAUGUUCACCCAUGGUUCGGUGCUCUUCCUAUCAACCAGGCUGCGCAGUGGACGUACGAGUACUUCCAGGAGAACGACGUCGUCUACGCCAAGCAGGCUGUCAACCCUCCCGAAAUGUACAUCGCCGAGACUGGUUGGCCGACCCAGUCGAUGUGGCUCAACACGACGCAGGACGGUGCCGGCUCGCCCCAGGGUGACGCCUCGGUCGCCAACCUGCAGACCUUCCUCGACACGUACGUCUGCCAGGCCAACACCAACGGCACCAAGUACUUCUACUUUGAGCCCUUUGACCAGCCGUGGAAGACCAUCUACGGUGGUGUCGAGCCAUACUGGGGCCUGUUCGACUCUGAACGCAACCUCAAGCAGCCUCUGACCAUCCCUACCUGCUAGACGGCUGGGCCUUAGCAGACUCUUUUCGAUUCUCAUUCUAAUCACCUCCCCAUCCCAUGACAUGCACGUUUCAUAGCCAUCCGUCCGCCAUAUGAUUCACGAGCUAGCCGCUAGCUGCCAACGGACACUUCACGUUGUGAUACUACCACCACCGGCUUCCUGCCCCACCACCACACCUCCCUCCGCAUGACCACAUGUGACUGGACACUUCCGUAACCUGUGGCGCGAAUGUAUAGCUGUUUGUGAG